AUGGUCGAACACCGCUCGCACGUCCAACAACAGCAUCAUAAUUCGUCAGAAGCAAGUCGUAGAUGGAGUAUGGACGCCGCUGAUCACCCUGGAGCCACUCAAACGCAGCGUACCGCCGACAGAGAUCACGUAACGUCUCCCGACCCAACGCAAGGCCUACGCAGGGCUCUCGAGACAACCCUCCAACAGCCGACACGACGGAAAUAUGGUACAGCUUUGGCUCGAUCGCAGUCUGCCGACGGUCCUAUCUGGCAGCCUUAUGCACCUCGAAUGAGUUCACGAAGCUCGCUUGCGGAAUGGAGUCCUCUGCAAUUCAAUUCUCCCAGCCGCCUAGAUAGGACAAGCUGGAGCUUCGUCACGACUUCUAACAACAGCGGCCCUGAAACGGCACUGAGCCUUCCAGGCAGUCCUUCGUCAAGGUCCAGACCUGGUUCCGCAAGUCUCCUGCGCGAAUCUCUUCACCGCGCUCCUCGCGCACUUUCUUACACAGGCGACACUAUUGUCCACAAUCGGGACCAAGACGAUGAUUAUCCUCACCGCUCACGCACCCCUGCCACGUUACGACCAGCAUCUGCCGCUCUUCAGCCCAUCACCGAAGGAACAUCGAUAGAUCAGGAUACAUCCUUGGCCGACACCAGUACUUUCUUCUACGACCGAUUCCGAUUCUCGAGCUUCUCGACUCGCUCGGACUUGGUGGAGACGAGUCCGAGGAGCAGUCCAAUGCCAGCGGCUUCCACAGGUUCGAUCACUUCCUCCAAGAACACAAACGUCAGCUCGACGACAGGCAGCCCUUCGGCCUUCAAGCCGAGACAAUUGAUGAUCACACGUUCAUCGAGUUUGACCGGAACAGAACCCUACAGCCAUAUGUCGAGAACAAAUUCUAGGCGAUUGCUCAGGUCAGCAUCUGCACAAUCUGUGCAAGUUGCACGCAAUGAGACAGCAAGGAGAGACAUUCGAGAGACUGUCAGACCUCGUUUCUCAGAAGUCGUAUGCUCGACUCCGGUGCAGAACACCAAUCAGGCGAAGAGCCCACCUGAACAAACAACAGACGACAAUCCUGAACAGACUUGCAACGUGGCGGAUGACGAUCUUCGGAGUGUCGAUGGCUCGGAUCUACACGCAGGAACGGGGACGAGUGCAGGAGGCUCGGUCGAGAUGAGCAGCGUCAAGCUGAAUUCAGACAAGACAGGUGACAGUCCGCGACACGAUCGAUGCGCUCCCUCCGAGAUCCUCAUCCCACAACCCUCGAUCCCCUGCAUGCUUCCCAUCGAUGACUAUGAUGCCGCGUCGAAAAGCGCAUCGGCACCUUCGUGGCCCGAGUUCAACAAGGUCAGAUCCACGUUAUCGCCCAGCGGUGAAUACGGCUCAGCGAGUUUAUCAAAAGCACGUUCGUCGUCCUCGCCUUCGUCUGGCGAUCAAAGCUCGCUGUCAGCUCCGCGCUCGGCUGCGUCGGCAGACUCUCGAUCGAGCGAAGCUGUCGAAGUCGUCCCCUGGCAAGUUGCAACGACGGACUCGGACGGAGUGAGGAAAUCCGAGGAGAUCUUCAGGCCGCUCAGUUUGGUUCAGAGUGGGAGAGGAUCCUCAAAUACGGUGAUUCCGGGAAUCCUGCCAAGCGCGGCUAGCAGCGCCGGCUCCCGGGCGUCGACCGUACGCAAGAUGCCACCGACACCGCUGAAAGGCGUUAGCGGGACAGAAUGGGCGAACCGAUCGUCGCGAGGGGAUGUCAACUUGGAGUCGGAUAUGUUUUCAAGAUUGACGGAUGAGAGCAUUGGGCUAGGCAUCUCGCCUCUUCCUUUGAGGGCUGGUGAACAGCAAUUGUUUGCCAAGACCUCCGUAGCGGGACGGUCUCGACCGGGGAGUCUGCAAAGUCGAAAGCUCAAACAAGAUCACGCGAUACUCCAGACAAAGGUGGAGAGGCAACCUUCGCAGACGGGUCACAUUACCAGUCCUCCUGGAGGUAUGGAUCGGCUCCUGUCAGAGCUAGAUCCCGUCACCACCGAUAGUCAGCUGCGAAGGAAAGUUGAGGCUGCACCAAUACUUGACUAUGGUAUACGCAGCUCGUCGCUUCGAAGAUAUCACCCGCACGGUGGCCAUGUUGGUCUGGGGCUACCGCGUCGGCCUGAGAAGGACGCCGUUACCUUUGAUCAUCAUGAUAUAGACAGGCGACUUCCAGCCAGAUGCUCUCGUCAGGUUGACUCUAUAUCUCGGAGUGUCCAAUCGCCUUUGGAUGUAUCCUUUGCAGGCGCGACAGGACGAACAGGGUUGAAUGCCGCCAACCGCAAUGUCAGCCCCAAACACCCUGACGCAAGCGAAGUUCAGCGCACUCCUCGCUUCUUAAGGCUGGCUAUCUCUCUCGGGGCAUUCAUGAUGAUUUAUCAGACCCUGUUUUUCAUCUUCGAGGCACCUUACUGGUGGAUCACAUUCAGUCCCGCACUACCGCUUGCAGCCGCCGCGCUGUUUCUGCUGUCCGACGGGCUGAUCAUCCAGCUGCUGCUUCAGCGCUCGUCAAAUAGAUGUCUCUUACUCUGCGCCCUCGGCAUGUCAGUACUGUCGCUCUUGUACUGUGUCGUGCUUUCGGUCUGGAUCACCCUCAGACUGAUCCGCUCUCCCGAUGGAGGAGCCUCGGCUCCCGGGAUUCACUUCGAUCGCUCGCGAGACACGGUGACCGGCGGAAGUGUGCUGCAAGACGUGCUUCGCGACAUGCCCAUGCCAGUCGUGCUAGCUGGAAUUGGCACCAUUGGAGUGGUGAUGAAUGCUGGUUGGGCGAUGUGGUUGUGGUGCAGGCUGCCCAGCAGUCGCCAUGGCGACAUCGAGGGACAGUGA